GGAGCUCCACCCAAAAGGGGAUCUUCUGCUUUAAAGACUGGUCCCCCGCUCCCCAUUAAGGAUUGGCACCUUUGGGGGGGGGGGGGGAGCGAGUACCCGAAUUUGACAGGUACCCGCUCCCACUUCUGCUCCGAUCGCCUAGGCCAGUGGCGAUCGGAAGAUGUCCUCCCUUCCUCCCUGUAGUCUUUUGGGACUGGGACAUGUGACAGGUUCCAGAAGACUACAGGACCAUACAGGAAGCGCAGCGCUUCUCGUGCAUACACAGUAGGUACCCGGCUGUGAACCCGCAAGCCGUCACAGCCAGGUGCCCACACUGAAGAUGC